AGGGAACCCUGAAGUUUUCGUCUGAUCAGUGCGUCCCAACUCGUCGAGACGCUUAUUAUACUCUCGUUGCUGCUGUGCGCUGUGCUGGUGUUCGCUGUCAUGGCUCCCCCCCGGCAGAAGAAGAACGUGGGCCCUCUCCAGGUGCGCAUAGCCAACGCUUGCAACGACAGCUUGGAAGAUAUCUUCGACGAUAAGAAAGAUCUUGUGCAGUUCGAGAGCGGAGAUGUCAAGGCCACGGUCUCACGGUGUUGGGCUCACGACGCCUCGGACGAAGAUAAAGAAUUUCUGUUCGGACUGACAGAGAAGAACAUGAAAGAUUUCUACGAGAAAUCUAACUGGGGAUGGAACGAAUCUCAGAAGCGGAAAGAACUCACGAAGAAAACUUCCCAAUAUCUCAUCGCUAGAGAUCCAAAUGGGAGAAUAGUGGCGUUCGUUCAUUAUCGAUUCGAUAUGGAUUUCGAUUUGCCUGUCCUCUAUUGCUACGAAAUCCAGCUGAUCGAGGAGGUUCAAAGGCGCGGCCUCGGAGGACAUCUGAUGCACAUCCUGUAUAAGCUUGCAGAAAGAUUUAAGAUGAAGAAAGUCAUCCUGACGGUUUUCAAGCACAACCCGCAAGCUCUGAAUUUCUAUCAACAAAAAUUGAAAUUCCGUCUGGAUGCCACAGCUCCCAAAGAGAAUCACAUAGACUACACGAUUCUAUCGAAAAACGUGGAACGCGUCGUAUGAAUGAUUGUGCUUUAUUGGAUUUUGUGAAUAGUUGAAAAUAUACAUUCAUAUUGUACAUCUGUUCAUAUCGCAGCUUGCUCGGAAAGAUGAUGAUUGCUGGAGGAAAGAUCGACGCGCCUGAUGUUGCUUUCCAUAAUAAAUUUGUCUUCUGCACUUCAGAUCUUGAUAGAGAGAUCAGGGACUUGAUUCAAUCGACGGUUUCGUUGACCAUGUGGCCCUAUGUCGAUGAAAUCGGCGCAUCGAUCCUCUUCUCCUAUGCUGAUAUGGUGGGCAGUGACUCAUGCAAGUUGCGAAAUAACUCAAUAAAUUUGUGCUGUCUGCGAAAA